UUUGUCUUUGACUACUUUUUGAUACGAUGCAACGGCUUAGAGAUACAGCAAUAUUUAAAUUACGAAAUACAAAAAUAUUUAAAACACUUACGCCCUUCUCAAAUGUCAUUAUCGAGUGAAACUGGCUCCAUAUACACAAAAAUAACCUACAUAAGCGUAGGAUAAAAUGUAUACAAAGUUUCAUUGAAAUGGGAGAGGGUCAAGAAAAAAGAACCUAAAACAAUCCUGUUUUGGGCUGGAAUUGCUCCAUAGCGAAACCAUUUCUGUUUGAUAAUGUUUUUUUCAACACUGGUACUGCAAUCACGCAUUUCGUAACCUGCAUUGCUCGGAUAUAAAACGGGCUGCCAAUGUAUAAACCAAAAUCAGUCAUGAUGAAGCUCACCGCCAUUUUUGUAGCUGCCCUAGCCACGCUGGUCACCGCGUCAGCCCAGUGCCCACGGAUCGUAACCCGUGACGAAUGGGGUGCUCGAGCCGCCAGCACGCCCAUCCUACCAAUCCGGCCUGCCCCGUGGGUCGUGAUGCACCACACCGCCGGUACUCCCUGUACCACGGAUGCGGCUUGUGCCCAGCAGAUGAGGAAUAUCCAGAACAUGCACAUGGACAUCAACGGAUGGGCCGAUAUCGGAUACAACUGGUGCGUCGGAGAGAACGGAGCGGCGUACGAGGGUCGUGGCUGGGGACGUCAGGGAGCUCAUGCCCCGAACCACAGCAGUCGAUCGGUUGGGAUCGGCAUCAUCGGCAACUUUAUGACAGUCAUCCCGAACAUGGCGGCCCGCAGCGCCACCCAGCAGCUAAUCCAGUGUGGAGUAGUGUUGGGACACAUUGCCGCCAACUACUGGUUGAUUGGACAUCGCCAGUCGAAUCCAACCGCCUGUCCAGGGGAUGUGUUUUUCGCGGAUCUGCAAACAUGGCCGCGGUUCAAUCCGAAUGCUUAAGUAGUUUAGGAUUGUUUGUUGAUAGAAUUGACUGAAAAGUGAAAUAAAAUUCUUUACGUCACUAUGAUUAAUUUA